GUGAGAUCUUCCUGGCUUCCACGAGCCUUGGACCCUUGGUUUGGACUGCGUCCUCUCGCGAGGCUUCGAGUGGUGGAGUUGGGGGGAGAAAGAAUUUGAUAGAUCAGUGAGUUCACUCUUUUUGCUUUCGCUGAGCUUCCCAGAGGGAAGCCACCUUUUUUCGUGUCCACCAUGGCUGAUGAGAAAGAUGCCAACGGAGGUGCUUGGUCAAGAGUCCCGACAUGGGACGGCAGCCCGCAGACAUGGCGGCCUUUCCGCCGUGAGAUGGCGUGGUGGCUUGCAGGCCUUGACGUGCAGAGCACCAAGAAGUACAACUUGGCCGCCAGAUGGCUCUUGAGGCAGUCUGGCGUAGUCAGACAAAGAGGAGAAGAAUUCGACCCCUCCGAGCUCGAGUACAAAAGGGCAGUGAUGAUGCCAAACCCCGCCACAGGGGACGAUGAGGAGGCCGAAGUCCUUACGGCCGAACUUGAGGAGGCCGCAGCCUGCGGCUUGGAUCAGGAGACCUUGCAAGAGGUUGAAGACAGUGUGGAGGCCGCUGCCGAGGCCUUCUUGACGAUGAAGGAAGCUCGUUCAAAGCUUCAAGAGGUGAAGAAAGAUCGUGGCUAUGGAAAACCGGCUGCCGCUCCUUCGACCUCGGCUUCCCGUGUGAGCUUGAAGAAACAGUCGGACAAACACCCGUGCUACUGUGGUUUGCCCGGUCACUGGGCAGGGGAUCCAGAAUGCCAGAAGCCAGGACAGCAGCUGGGAAGAAAGAAGCCUCGAUCGCCCACCAAGCAGGUCAAGAUGGCCGAAGCUUUGAACACCGAGCAUGAAGAUGUCACGGUGGACAAUGAGGUGAUGGUGGAGGAUGAGAAUGAGACCUUUCGUUUUGGGAAUGGGGGGACUCAACAGAGCUUUCAACGAUGGCGUCUUCCAACUAUGAUCGGGGGAGAAGUGGUUUGCUUUUGGACAUCCGUGGUUCAAGUUCCUUCAUUGGGUUUGUUGUUGGGCCGGGACUUUUUGGAGGCAGUUGGGGCGGUCAUGAACUUCGGUCGCAAGUCGCUGCGCUGUGAGUUGUUGGACGACAAUUCGAUCAAGCUCAGCCAGCUCGCUGCAGGCCAUUACGCCUUGGGACUGCUGCCAAGCGCUUGGCCGAGCCUGGAACCUCAGCGUUGGAGGAGACUUGGACUGGACGGAGUCAUUGAGAUUCAAUUGAGCACCACUUCAUGGUUGAAGAAGCGUUUGAAUCAGUCUUUGCUUUGUCGCACGUGCUACUUGCGCUAUCUGCCAUUGCCCUAUCCUGCCACCGCAUCGGUCAAGUUUUGGGAGGAGGAGCAGGCCAAGUCCCAGGCCAAGGAUGGAAUCAUCUCCAAGAAGCAUCUCGCUCGGGCAAAGAAGGAGCAAAAGUUCACCUACCUGAACUUGAACGAAUGCGUUCAAUGGCGGAAUCGGAUGGGCUUGGAGACUUCCUUUUGCGAGGGCCCGAUCCUGAAGGGCAUUCAAUGCGGAAAGUCAGCUCGAGGAUUAGCCGAGAGACUCAAGAAAGCGGCCUUGGAAGAAGCAGAGGCCAAAGCCCGCGAAGCCCAUCAACGGGGAGAAGAAGAAGAACAAGCUCGGGCCCUGAUCGGACCUCGUGGAGGACUUCCGACUUUGCGAACAGACCUCAUCCGGCUGGCCGCACUUCUCAGAGUUCCGCUCGGCCCCAAGCGGCCCAUCGUCGAGAUUUUGAAGAACACCAAGCCGGCCGCCAAGCCUUCCGCCAAGGCGAAGAUGAAGGGCCUGAAGGUGGUGAAGCAAGAAGCAGCGUCCUCGUCACUGGGCAAGAGCAGCGAUCCCGGAGAAGAGAUGAUCACCAUGAGGCAAUACUGGGAGAUGCAAGCCCGUUUUCAGGUGACCCUGGACAACUUGGCGCUCGAGAUGCAGGAGCUUCGAGGAGGUCGACUACCAGAGCACAUGACCGACUUCACGACUGUGCUGACAGAGCCGGUGUGGAACCCAGUGUACAAAACCAGUCGUCGUCCUUCUCUUCAGGAUGCCGACAUGGAGGAACCCGAGAUGAUGACGGAGGAGGAAAUGAGGCAAGAGAGCGCUCACACCCUGGAGCAGGUCUGGGAAGCCAAGCUAGCAGCCCAGUACGGAGAAGACUACUACCUGCUGACGCAGGAGGAGAUGUCCGCGGUGCUGAUCCGUCAGAUUGAGUGA